AUGGCCGGCGCUCUUCUGGCCAGCGCGCGAACCACGCCGCGCCACAACUACGAGCGGACGUGGGAUUGUGCUCUGCCGUGCUCUACACUCUACAUCCUCUACACCCUCCUUCAGACCACUGGGUACGCUCCAAUGAAUUCUGGAGGGUGUGGCACGGUCACCAUCCCGUGCCUCAUGGCCCUCGUCCCCGACGACGCCAACUUCUGGCCGCUCAAGCAGCCGGCCAAGCGCGAGGCGAUCGGGAGAGAACCGUCCUUUGGCCUCGAGGGCAUCGGCCAGCCGCCUGGCUUCCGCCGCUCGCUCUCUUGGAAGUGGAAGUACGGCGUCGCCCUCGAGCACCUUGGCCACACAAUCUAGCAGCUUGCCCCCCACCCCCCCCUGUCCCCUCUGGGCAUGUGUGGGAGGGGGGGGGCGUGCGGCGACUCUAGCAGAAGCAUCGCAGGGAGUGUGUGCCGCAGCCUGCAGCGGCGGCACUGCGACUGACGGCGCUGUCUCUCCCCCUCCCGCAGCGGUCAGGGCACCCCGCUCGGAGCAACCAUCUAGCUGUCACCUCGUACUUAUUGCGCCGGCCUUUUUGCUCUGGGGACCAAUCCGAUCUCGUCCAAUCUCGUGCCUGCUCCGCCCCCUCGGGGCGACGACGGUGGGGCAGUUUGUCGUCGAUCUCGCUAUCUUCCUCCUCUCAGUCCCUCCUCCCUCCUCUCCUGCUGUCCCCUCGCCCCUCUCGCCCCUCCCCUCCCUCUCUGUGAGAUGCUCUGUGCCAGGGCUCGCUUUUGCACGCUGCGCUUGUCCGGCGGGUGCCUCUCGGCACCUCCGCGGGCGCGGCGCCGCCUGCUGUUGGACCCAGCAGGCUCUAAAGUCGCAUCUAUCUCGCUUGUGCCACACUUGACCACACGGUUUUGUUUUGUGUGUUGAUCGGUCAUCUGCAAAAUAUUACAUCUGCAAA